UCAUCCGGGUCUCACCAGCCACGAGUCCAAUCCGAUCUUCAAAUACUGAUUUCUUCAGAAUCCGACCAAUUCACUGAUCCAUUCAUCCCAUUUCCGUUAAAAUUCAUCACAGACAAAGAAGAAUACUCGUAAACUGAAAUUUCACUGCUAACUGUAAAUUAUAACAAAGGAAUGGCUAAUUGCUUGCGAGUACCAUUGUCUUCUUCACUCCCAUGUUCCUCAUCCUCAUCCCCUUCGCUCAAACGACGCAGUAUCAGGACUCUAUGUUCAGUGAACAGUACCAAAAUUCCCAUGCCUCUAGUUAACCCUAAGGACCCCUUUCUAUCGAAGCUCGCUUCCGUGGCUGCUACUUCACCUGAAAUACUCCUCAAUAGUCAGAAAAACUCUGAUACGCCGCCGUAUCUGGACAUUUUUGACUCUCCCACGCUCAUGGCUACUCCUGCCCAAGUGGAGAGGUCAGUUUCGUACAAUGAGCACAGGCCAAGGAGACCUCCACCAGACUUGCCUUCGUUGCUGCUGCACGGGAGAAUAGUUUACAUUGGCAUGCCUUUGGUUCCAGCUGUUACAGAGCUCGUUGUAGCUGAGUUGAUGUAUCUCCAAUGGAUGGAUCCAAAAGAGCCAAUUUACCUUUACAUAAAUUCCACUGGAACUACUCGAGAUGAUGGUGAAACGGUAUUUCUAACUAUUUUCUUGUUUAGACUAUAUUCUCAUAUGCCCCUUCAAUUUGUGUUUGUGAAUAUUAUGUGCACUAUCUAAUGGCAAUUCAAUUAU